AUGUUGGCAUAUACCGCUACUCGUGUUGCACAGCCGUUGCUUAUUGGAAUAAUUGUUGAGCACAUUAGUGGUACACCAGGAAGAGAACAGACUUAUGUUGGUUAUGUAUCUGCUGUUGGCCUUGGUAUUUGUGCAUUUCUACAAACGGUUAUUCAUCAACAAAGCUUUUUUCGAAAUCAACGAAUAGGCAUGCGUAUACGUAAUACACUUAGCUGCGCCAUCUAUAAACAUUUAUUGACGAUCAAUACAGCAUCUCUUUAUAGGACUACUGCUGCUCAAACAAUCAAUUUAGUUGCCAAUGAUGCUGGUAAAUUUGAAGAAAUGAGUGUUUACUUCCAUUAUUUAUGGGUGGCACCUCUCGAAGGUAUUGUGAUGUUUUAUCUCAUCUGGCAGCGCAUAUCUUUAUCAACAGUGUUUGGCUAUGCCGUACUUCUUCUAUUAAUACCUGUACAGCUCUUGUUCAGUAAACUAUUUAGUCAGUAUCGAAAGGUAACUAUGGUAUGUACGGACAAGCGUGUUCAGACGAUCAAUGAGCUUGUUAACGGAUGUCAAAUUAUUAAAAUGUACAACUGGGAGAAGGCUAUGGAACAAUUAGUACGUGACACACGAAAAUCUGAACUUAAGAGUAUUUCUAGAGCUAGCCGUUUGCGUGCUCUUAAUAUGGGUAUCUCCUUUGCAUCGUUACCCUUAAUUUCUCUUGCCGCAUUUGGUGGCGGUGCGCUCAUGAGUCAAUCGUUAAAUGCAGCGGACACUUUUACAGCUUUGUCCUUCUUUGCUAUGGUUCGAGUGCCAGUAACGGUAUUCUUGCCACAAAUUAUUGAAAAACUCAGUGAAGCUCGUGUUGCUGCGACAAGAAUAGAUCAAUUUAUGAAAUUCGAAAUACUAUUAAAUAGACGAGAAAAAGAACAAAAUGAAAAAGGAGAUUAUGCAAUUAUAAUGGACGAUGCAUCCUUUUCUUGGAAAGAUAUUCCUUGUUUAAAUGGUCUCGAUUUCAAAAUCAAACAUGGUACUUUAGUUGGAGUUAAAGGUUCUAUCGGUGCCGGUAAAUCAUCUCUACUAGCUGCCAUACUUGGUGAGAUCAAUCUUAUCAGUGGAAAAAUACAGCACUCUGUUCGUUCUAUUUCGUACGCUCCACAAUCGGCGUGGAUAUUUGCUGACACAAUACGAAAUAAUAUUCUACUUGGCAAGCCAAUGGAUGAAGAACGUUACAAAAAUGUGAUCAAAGCAUGUUGUCUUGAUAUCGAUCUUCAAAACUUUGGUGUAUCCGGUGACUUGAUGAUGAUCGGCGAUAAAGGAGUCAAUCUAAGCGGAGGACAAAAAGCUCGAAUAUCGUUGGCUCGCGCUCUUUAUGCUGAUGCAGAUUUGUAUUUAUUCGAUGAUCCACUUGCUGCUGUUGAUCCAAACGUGGCAAAGAAAAUAUUUGAUCAAUGCAUCGGUCCACGUAGUCUCCUUCGUGACAAGACUAGAAUAUUGGUUACACAUCAGAUACAUUUCUUAGAGGAAGCAGAUCAAACGAUGUUCUUGGCAAAUGGACGCAUCAGUGAAUUAUAUAGUGAACAACCUGAUGCAGAUGAGCAAUCGAAUGCUACAACAGAAACAGAUUCAUCCGAUGACAGCGAGACCAAAUUUAAACUUAACACUGCUACAACUGAUUUGAAUUCGAUUGUGCAAACCGAAACAUCAAUUGAUGGUGCUGUCAAGUGGAAUAUUUGGCUUCAACUAUUCACUGCACCACCGUUACGCUGGUUUGGGUUUUGCCUACUCAUUGUUUUACUGUUGAUCGCUGAAGCUCUCUACGACUUUACAAAUCGUUGGCUCGCUCAAUGGUCUGCUAAAUCAGCAAAAGGCGAAAAUACAUCAGUGGAUGGCUUUGUCUAUCUUGGGCUGACAUUAGGUACAUUGAUCGCUGCAUUAAUGCGUGCCGGCUUUCUCAUCUAUGUCAUGUUAUGUGGCUCGACUUAUUUUCACAAUCAAAUGCUCACGGGUAUCCUGUAUACUUCGUUACGUUUCUUCGAAAGUAAUCCUAGUGGACGAAUAUUGAAUCGAGCAAGCAAAGAUCAACAAGUCUUAGAUGAAUUAUUGCCGUUGACUUUGAUCGAUACUAUCCAAAACCUACUGCUGGUUCUUGGUUCUGUUAUAAUAAUUGGAUAUAUCAAUCCAUGGGUGCUUCUAAUUCUCGUUCCAUUAGCUCCUGGAUUUUGGUGGCUUCGUCGAUUUUACAUACGUUCGAGUCGUCAACUCAAACGACUGGAAAGUGUAACGCGUAGUCCAAUCUAUGCAUUAUUCUCAUCUUCAUUAGAUGGACUCACUAGUAUUCGUGCAUUCGAAGUUGAGAAUGAUUUCGUGAACAUGUUUAUGGAAAGAGUUGAUACAAAUUCUCGGGCUUACUUCGUUCUUCUUGCUGCUGGACGUUGGCUUGGCAUGCAACUCAGCUAUAUGACAUCUUUACUCACAGUGGUUACGGCCGUUCUUGCAGUAGCAGUGCUUCGUCAAAAGGAUCCGUCUGGAGCCGCUCUCAGCAUCACUUACUGCAUCACUUUAACAACUCUUUUUCAAUGGGCUGUGCGACAAUCAGUCGAAGCUGAAAAUUUCAUGACCAGUACUGAACGUGUUUAUGAAUAUGGUCAACUGGUACCGGAAACCCAUAAAGGCAAUAGUAAAUGCGAAGUACUGGUUCAACCACCAAAUGAUUGGCCAUCUCGAGGCAUUAUUGAAUUCAAAGAUUAUACAUUUCGCUAUCGACCAGAGCUUGCUCCUGUACUGAAAAAUCUUAAUCUGCGUAUUGAGUCCAACGAAAAAAUCGGAGUGAUUGGUAGAACAGGUAUGAUUAAUUCUAUUGUUUGUUGA